CAUCCUACGGUUCUCAUGUCCUCUCCCGGCUACCGUAGAAAUUCCUCCGCUGUCAGUUAGUGUGCGGUGACAGACAACCAUCGGUGAGCCACCCAUCCAGCUCCAAGUGUUGAACUAUGGAAGAGAUCAAUAACAUUGAAGUGGUUCCGUGCACAGAGUCGGACUACCUGAAGCCGUUCAGGGUGCACUACAACCAGAAUGGCACAAAGAAAUCCUGGGACUUCAUGCGAACUCAUGACAGUGUAUCAGUGCUGAUCUUCAACACCAGCUCACACUGUUUUGUUCUUGUCAAGCAGUUCCGUCCAGCUGUAUACAUGUGCGAGUGGGAAAGGAACAAGACGCAGCCGCCUCAGUCCGCUGAAAAAACUGAGGAGGGUGCAGCUGAAGCCGCCGCCCCUGCUCCCGAGUCUCAGGAGGGCCAGUCGGCCUCAGAGGGGGAGAGCUCUUCUCAGUGGCCCCCGGCCUCAGCGGGGGUCACCUAUGAGCUCUGCGCCGGGCUGGUGGACAAACCCAACCUCUCCCUGGAGGAGAUCGCCCGGCAGGAGGUGCUGGAGGAGUGUGGCUAUGAUGUGCCUGCCUCAAAGCUGAAGAGGAUUACUUCUUACAGGUCAGGCGUAGGUGUAACAGGUGCCAAGCAGACCAUGUUUUACGCCGAGGUGUCUGAUGACAACUGUGUGAGCGCAGGUGGAGGUGAGCCACGGGAGGGAGAGCUUAUCGAGGUGGUCAAAGUCCCGCUGCACGAGGCCAUGACGUUUGCCUAUGACGAGCGUAUACCCAAAACCAUGGGCGUCAUUUUUAGUUUCAUCUGGUUCCAUAAUAACAUGUCUCCCAAGUACAAGAUCUCCACCAAUGUGUAACUAGUAUUAACCAACCCUCUUUAUACGGUUUAUUCCAAAUUAAAUCAAACACUGGCCCAGCACAUCCACUCUUCCCCUCAUGGCUCUUCAUCCUGUAUUGCCUUUUUGCUUAUUGGUACAUGAUGAAAGGUGGGCCCCUUGUCUUGUUGCCAACAGGUAUCUUUACGUUUUGUCCUGUUAACCUUUUGAAUUAUACUGUAUGUGGUCUUAAGAUUUUUCCUAAAAACUAUUUUGCCAUAGCUGGUUGUCACUGGCACUUUUGUCUCUUCUUGAUGAUUUUUUUAAUUUCUUUUUUUUUCUUUUUUCAUUUUCUGUGCCAUCUGUUAUAAAUGGCUGCAUAUCACUGAUUUCAUUUGCCUGCCCUUGAUUAAAGGAAUACUCCACUGCCUUUAGUGUAGGCUCUUGAAUGUUAGCAAAAGCAAAAGAAUAUUUUAAAUAUACCUGAUAUUGGCUGAGGAAAAAGCCUUUUUACAGUCAAAUUCCAACUUCUUUCAACCAUUCCUCCAACACUCAGUAUCCAUCGCAAACUCUGUUUCAAGCCAUGAUGCUAACCAACUGUUUGCUAGCAUUUUAGCAUGCUUGGAGGUCAUUGCAGUAAAUGCAAACAUUUCUACUUGCCAGACAAAGUGUGCCAGAGAAAUUUUGCAUCUAAUAUGACAAUACACAAUAUAUUAAUUAUAUGAUUGGCUCCCUGCUCAUCACUUCAACCAUUAAAGACAAAGAUAUGGUCACAACAAAAAACAGUGGAGUAUUCCUUUAAGCCAUGACCCAGUAAUGCAAAAACUAUGCUAGUCAAUGGUGGGGCCUUGUGACGAACAAGGUGUUAGAUGUGUUUUAACCACCACUUGUUCGAGUAUGCCUCAAUUAAUUUCUCUGACCCACAGCCUUUAAGCAAUACUUAUCAUAGUAUCCCGGGCUAAACAAUCACUCAGUGUCACUGAAAUCAGCUCUCACUCUGUUAGAAAAUCUUCAUAAAGUCAAACCAGUGGACAUAUUAGCAGACUUUUUUCCUCAAUAAGCAAAGUGGGAAAUGUGAGUUAGGUUGCACAGAAAAAACAUACACCUACCACUCCACUAAGGGCCUAGUUUCAGUUUUGUCGUCGUUAUCAAGCCCAAUCCUGCAAAGGGAUAAGGUUACCUGAAAUCCCUUUGACAUGGAGAGGAGUUUUAAUUUAGUUUUAAUUUAGGACUGGAAGAGAUAAAAACUGACUGAAAAUACAGUAGAGAAGACUCUGUAUGAAGGCAAAAUCCUCUAGCGAGUUCAUUUUAUAUCCGGCAUGUUAAGGUUACAUUUUGAACCCAUUAACGCAGGUUUAGGGGCAUAUUUAAAUGGACUGAAACCAUCUUAAAAUAUCACCUUUGAUCAUAAUUCAUUUUGGAGGUUCGGUGUAGUAAAUCUUGAAUGAUCAUCAACACACAAACCUGAUCUCACAAAGUGAAUCUCAACAGCAGUUUGCCAAAAUCUCAGGUCCAAAAUAGUCAAACUGUUGGUCAUAUUCAGGGUGGAUCUCUGGAUGUGAUGACGACCAGCAUGUUAUUAUAUUAUUAUAUUUCAAAGUAACUUGCAGCUUAAAGACAACAAAGUUACUAUUAUUACUUACUAUUCUUCCUAUAUUUUAGUAUUUUUCUUCAUUCAAAAAGGGCUGGUACUUCAUUUAUUAAUUAAUAUGUGAGAAGGAAGAAAUUCCCCCACCUUAGAGUUUUGUUGAAAAUAUGCAAGUUCCGAAUCAAAGACGAUACUGUUUUUGGAAAAUUACUGCUCACUUAAACAGAUAACACAUCUCAUUAUGUAUACAUUAAGAACUACACCGCAGAUCUUCAACCGCAGUGACCGUAUGCGUGUGCGAGAGUUUCAACUCUUCUUGGUGUACAUACAGAGUUGGAAAAUAUGACAAAAUACAGUAAGUGAAGUGUUACGGUUAAAAAAUGACCUGCCUAAUUAACUUGGUGGUUUGUUGAGUACAAAAUAAAAUGAAAAAGUGCCGUAAGACAUUCUAUUCCCCAUAAUACAACUUACUGUUGAUGUAUUUGUAUACACUCUCAUUUCUCAAAUGAAGAAAUAUUCCAGGUGAAUAUGAGCAUCAGUCCAGGAUUUUCAUUUUUGUUCUUCUAUGCUUUUUGAGCCAGAGGAAUAACUGACAAUCAAAUGUCAACAUCUUUCUUUUUUUACCCAUAAAACCUUGUGUUUUUAGGUUUUUCAGUGGUUCGUUGGUUUUAUGUAACUCGUUCCAACUGAAUAUCACAGCAGGUCUCUUAGAAGAGGACUGACAUAAUUUCCAGGCGUCGCGGUUAUCUGAUGCCACUUGAGGUCUUAAUGCAUCGUUCUUAUCUGCACAGACAAACAAGGUCAAGAGAAUUUGAAUCAAUCAAACUAAAUAUGUUUGGUUAUAACACUGAGUCAAAUAUUUGGGGAGUAAUUUCCACCCAGACUGUGUAGGAAUAUCUGUAGAACCCUUAAGCCAUAUUUAACUCCCUCUACGCCCAAUCAUUGAGCUUCUUUGUCCAUCUGUCCACUGAAUUUUAAUUCCUUGAUGUAGGAUUGUAUAGUUUGCUGGAACUGCUUGAAUUAUUUUUAUUUUGUUGAUUUUCUUGGAAAAAUAAAGAUUACUCUCAUUAGCUAAAUUGAUUCAAAGGAGCACCCAAACCUGUUUAACAGUAGAUGUCCAACACUAAAUCAGAUUCUCUUUGUGUUGUUGAUAUCAACCAUCAGUCACAAGCUUUCAACACAUACGAACUACUGGAUCUGUCUACUGUAACAAGUUUAAUAUCAGGACACUUUGGAAAAAUGUGGACAGCACCUUUGGAAAACCAUUAAAUGACCACUGGAUGACUUGUUAGUGUUAGUGUUAGUUUCAUGAGGCAUGUAGAAUAACUCAGAGGCACUAACAGGGCUUUAAACUGUAUUUUGUUCAACUACACUUCACAUCAUAAUAACCAGCCACCAUAAAUGCUUUUUAGAUUUCAGAAAGUUAUUUAUUUGGCACCUUUAUCCUCAUCAGAUCAAUGGCCUCAUUCCCUUAACGCCCUUAUUUUCUCCACCGUCUUCCAUGUGACAAUCCUUUCUUUAGUCUUCAGUUGAAUAAGGUCUAAGUGCAGAGAAGUUUAAUGGAGAAGCUCACGAAAAGAUUCCCAAUGGUGCUCACAGUUUUCCACUGUUCUUGUUCUCGUGUAGUAUGAGAUGAACCCAUCAAAUGAAUUACUGAAGAUGGUCACUUUUUGUCUUGGAAUGACUCAUUUGAAAAUUAACUGUCGCCCACAUUUUAAAGGGGGUUAGCCAUAAUCAUUCCAAAGUUGAUAGAAAUAAAAAUAAAUCUCCAUUUGCUGAAAUGAGGCCAACUGCUUCUGAUUUGGCUUGAUGUAAAAUGUGACAAACAAAAGCCAUUUAAACUUUUAAGGCCAGUCUGUAACUUUAUGUGCCUGUCAAAUGUGGAGAACUGCCAUGUAACUUUCUCUUUUGGCUGAAAUAUUUUUUUCUUUUUGUGGAAAGUAAUUGCAAAAAAACACAAGGCUUUUCUUCGCCUUCUCCAUAGGCUUGUCACUGUGGGCCGCGUCAGCCAGCAAGCCAACUCAGUAAAUAUUUCUCCACACCGUCCCUCCAACUAUUAUCUGAAAGUUGAGCGCAUUUUGUGAACAACACAGAGGGCAUACAGUAGCCUUAAUUACCGACACACUCACAACAAAAGGGACAUUUACAAAAAUAGAUAGAAGCUGCAGGUGGGAGGGAUCAAGUCUAACGUCUAAUGAUGCUUGAGCGUUGCAGAGAAUUGGGUUGCCAAAAGAAACACAAGAACUUCAGGUUCAGCUGGUUCAGCCAGUGUCUCUAUAAAGAAAGGUAUGGGGUUUUUUAAAUAAGCAGUUAAGAUGGAAAUGGAAAUUUAGAUUUAAGCGAGGCCUGUAUUUUAUUUUUGUUCAGCCUGCGGAGUCAGAACUCACAGAUUGAUCCGUUAUCAGACCUGCAGUCUAUUUUAUACUCAAACAUUUUUUAUUAGUUUUAUAAGCUAUUCAGAUGUAACAGCUAUGUUUUUGUAAUCUUAUUUAGUUUAAGUCUUCUGUGUGUUUUUUCUGCGUUAAAAUGCUAAAAUUUGAGUUUGAAGCCAAACUUUGCACUCUCAUAGUGUUAACUUUAUUCUUAAGGAAGCCAUGUGAAAGUCAGUAACACUGCCGAUUGGCAGUGUUCUUGGAGGACUUAAAGCUAAAGUUCGACAUUUUAGAAAAUAAGAUGAGGAGACACCACUCUCAUGUUUGCACGGUAAAUGUGACGCUACAACCAGCAGUUGGCUAACUUAGCUUAGCAUAAAAACUUGAAACAGUGUGGAAAAGGGUAACAUCGUCUACCUAGCAGCAACUCUAAAGCUCACUAUUCAACAGGUUGCAUCUUGUUUGUUUUAAUCCGUACAAAAACUGAAGUGUAAACAUUUUUACAGCGGGAUUAUACAAGACUAUUUCUCGGCUGGGACCUGUAACUUUCUGUGUCAUGCUCUGGUUGCCUGGCCUGAUUUCAUUAUUUUGUACAAAUGAAACAUUCAAGAUACAGUUUAUUACUUAGCUGUUAGCAGGUUUCCUGUUUCCAGUUGUUGUGCUACGCAAAGCGAACUGGCUGCUGGCUGUAGCUUUAUAUUUACUGUGCGGUGAUGAGAGUAGUAUCAAUCUGCUCGUCUAACGCUCGGUGAAAAAGGGAAUAAGUAUAUUUCCCAAAGUGUUGAACUAUUCCUUUAAGUCUCCCGCUGCGACAAGCCUAACCUUCCCCUCUACGACAAAAGUAAAUGCACUUUUGACAGUCCAGAGUGAGGUUGCAGACUGUGCCACUGGUAAGCCAUAUGCUUCUUCUAUUAAAUACAACACUAACAUUUGAGGUAAGUAAAUGGUUGUAUAAUUCAUUCUUGCCUAUGCUGGAUAUUAACCAUUAACCCAGCACAUGGACAUUUCUACCUCCAUCACUCAGGCACACAACGGAAAUACUAAUGUCCGUUUGCUUGCUUCUAAGACGCUGACAUAUCAAAUUCUCAGCAACAUGUCAGAAAUGUCAAAACUCAGUGGUUCUCUGUGACAGAAAUCUUAAUUCAUAGGUACCAGACUUUUAUAGAUGUACCCCCAUGGCUAUGCUGUAGUUGCUUCUUCAACUGUAAUUGUUUUUUGUUUUCUUCUGUUGAUGGUUUGUGCACCAUUUGACAAUUUCUUACUGUAUUUUCAAUGAUCAUGAGCUGAGCAACAGUUUAUCAUGAACAUGUUUUUAAAGGUGCUAUGUGUAGUAUUCUCUAAUUAAACAACAUGUGUUACUGUUAAUUGGACCAUGGAUGUGACAGUUGAGACAUUACCUCUUGUGAUCUGCUCAAUAUUUCUUUGUUUCAUUAAAUAUUCAGUGAUUCUUGAGUCCUGGAAAAAGGACUUUUGGUUUUGGAGGAACUUUUGCUUCGUUAUUGGCAGACUGGCAGUUGAAUAUUCAGAAGCAAAAGGUGGAAGAUAAUCAGAUUUGCUGCUGUUAAGCAGUUCAUAGUGACUAUAAUGUGUAGCACAUAUGUUAUUAGGUAGUGUAAUAUUUAGUGAAAAUCCUACACAUAAUACCUUUAAGUGAAGGAAGUGUUAUGAUUUUUCUCUCAUAGUAAAGACAUAAAGAAAAUUGUCCAAUUGUGAUUUUUUUUCUUUCUGGUGUUUUACACUGAAUUUGUGUUUUUAAAAAAAUAUUUUCUGAAAAAAAAGGUACAAACACAAACAUUGCCGUUUUACAAAAUUUAUCAUGUAUUUUAUGCUUUAUUGAAAGUGUAUACUCAUUGUGGGCAGUGUUUUUAGUAAUGUUUCAAUUUUGUUAAUUUAUUACCUAAAUGUUAAAAUAUUUAACUUUUAAAACAUGACACUUGGUACAAACAUACAGUAUAUAUUUAAAUAUGAUACUUUGCAUGUGCACUAACUGUGUUGGAUUAAACUGCAUUAAGUUGAAAUAAAAUGGGUUUGAUGCCCAAAAUGUC